AUGUAUUGUACAGUUGUAGUAUUUUUAACUGUUAAGGUGAAACUUGAUGAGUUGAUGUUGUUGUUGGCUUGUUGCAAUGAGUGGAAUGUGGAUGUUGUUGUUGCAAUUUUGCAUUUCCUUUUGGUGAAACUUGAAAGUGCAGUGACUGCACUAAAUUGUUUUCACUUUCUGCCUGCAAAUUGUAGUGCAAACUGCAAAGUGCAAAUUUUGGAUGCUGAGGAUCAAGAAUCCAAGAAUCAUGAGUUAACCAAUUGGCUAAAAGAACUCAAAGAUGUUCUUUAUGAUGUUGAUGAUUUUCUUGAUGAAAUUCAGACUCAUGUACAGCAGAGUCAAAGAUAUAGAAUGGGUUAUAAGUUGAAAGAAAUAAGGGAGAGAUUAGAUAGUAUUGCAGCUGAUUUAGACAAGAUAGGGGAUUUUGAAGAAAAGAUUGAACUUGUUGAGUGGGACCUCACUACUCCAUACUGCAGUAUUGCAAUUUUACAAUGUACACCUACUUGUGUAUCUGUACAUUACUCUGGUGUUGUGGGAAGGGACGUUGAUAGAGAUACCUUGAUCGAAGCACUUUUAAAAUCAGGAAAUGAAGCAACCCUUUUUGUAUAUCCCAUAGUUGGAGUUGGAGGCACAGGAAAAACUACUCUUGCCAAAUUGGUGUAUAAUGAUCCAAGGAUAUGGGAUGAACUGCAGAAGUUGUUGAUGGUGGGUGCUUGUGGAAGUAAGAUUCUUGUAACUACUCGGAAAACGGAAGUAGCUUCGAUAAUGGGGACGGCUCCUGCAUACUGUUUGAACGGUUUGUCACAUGAAGAUAGUCUGACUUUGUUCUUAAGGCAUUUGAACAAGAAGAAAACUGAGAGACGGGAGUGGAAUAUAGUUAACAGUCACAGCGGGUGGAACUCAAAUCAGAACGAAGAAAUUUCAUCUGCAGUAAGAGUGAGCUAUGAACAAUUGUCAUCUUAUCUCAAAGUUUGUCUUGCUUACUGCUCAAUAUUUCCCAAGGGCUGUGUGAUUGAAAUAGAUAAAUUGAUACAGCUAGUAGCAGAAGGUCUCAUUAGUAAGUCUAAUGAAUCAGAAGAUCUUGAGCACGUUGCCAUUCAACAUUUCCGAGAGUUAUUGUCGAGAUCCUUCUUUCAAGACGUUGAAGAAUAUCGUUCCGUUUAUACUUCAAUCUGUACAAUGCAUGACCUUGUACAUGAUCUUGCACUGUCAGCAGCAGGGGUUGAAUUCUGUGCAGUAAAUUCUCACAUACAAAACAUUUCUGAUGAGGUCAGACAUGUGGUGUUUUCUGAAUAUGAUUUGUCAGGCAAGGAACUGCCAGCAUCCCUUCUCAGAAACCAGGCAUUAAGGACCAUAUCCUUCUCCUUUGAUGGAGUAGGGGCGAUGAGUACGAUGUUCGUUGAGAAUUGCAUAGCAAGAUUAUGCAACUUAAGGUGCUAG